UCACGGCAGAGGGCCGUAGAGCCAUGUGGACAGGUACACGGCGCAACGAGGACCUCUGGUUGCGCGCCGCGGUAGUCCUGCCCCAGUGUCCAGAGCUGCGGGCGUCCGUCGUCCUGUGACCGCCGGCUCCGCGUGAAUGGACAACCGUGUGAGGCCAGCUAUGGAAGGACAGCAGAGUCGUGUGGUGGAGGCAGCGACAGCAGCCGCUGAGGAGCAGCAGUCUCGCGAGGUCCGAGAUCUACCAGGGCAGUCUCGUGAAGGCGGGGACCCAGCCGCCGGGACGCAGGAGGCGGCGCAGAUGGUCACUGAGUCGGGCCCAGCUGCCAAUGCAACUGACAGCGACGACACGACGACGACGCCGCCGCCGUCAUUGUUGAUCCCACCAGAGGAGGGCGGGACGUCCUCCGCCGGCCGCGAUAUGCCGGAGCUGGAGUCUGCUGCGGAAGGUGGCAUGGAGGUUGAGGAGCUGCCCGCUGCAGCUGCUGAUCCAGGGUCUGUCGUGGCGCAGGCGGCCGGCACAAGUGUGAUGGAGCCAGGAGUCCAGCCAGCCUUGACUUCUCCAGAGGGGCAAGAGGAGCCCAUGGACGUCGAGCAGGAGCGGUGCUUCGCAAAGAGGUUUCCGCCACUGGCGCAAUUCCUGCAACAACAUCAAAGACAACAGGCAGGCGUCACAAGCAGCUCCGAGCCGAUGGAGGAGGAGCAACCUCUGCCAGGAGGCUCCAGCAACAGGGCCCAUGCUGCGGAGAGUCGCUUGCCUCACGCGGUAAAGAUGCGCCUCCUGCAGAGCGGGCGCGCGCCGAUGGGCAGGCAGGGGUCCACCCCAGAGAGCUGCUCCAGCCCGGCCAGCGAAGAGCAAGAGAGCACCGAAGAUGACGGCAGCUCGCGGGACAUGUCGGUCCAGGAGGAGUCAUCGGGAGACACGCGCGACGUGAGGGGGCACUUGGGAGAGCUGAGGCUCAAACCAGCCGCGCUAUCUGUGGCGGUGGCGGUGGAUGAAGCGAUGCCAGAGAUGAUGUCCCCCAGUACUAGCAGCGACGUGUGGGCAGACAGCCACCACCGCAUCUCGAUGCAGCACCACCGACAGCGGCCGCGGGCCAUCGCAGACGUGCCGUCGCCGGCCCGCAGGAUCCUCCAGCUGGCCUCGGAUUCCGACCUGGACUCCCCGAUGACCACGUCUCCAGCGCAGGUGCCGGCGCUGGCCGUGGAGGAUUCCUCCUCUCAGGACGACAGCAUGGCGGGAUCCAGGGCGCCCUCCAGAGGGGAAGGUCAGAGCUCCCAGGACAUGCCAGCUGACACGGAGUCUUCUCAAGAGGUCAGCGAGGGGAGGAGCGAGAUGGAGGAGGAGGGGGAGGAGGCGGCUGUGGCCAGCCCAUUCCCGGAUCAAGCUGAGGCCGGGGCCGAGGAUGUGUGCGUCUCCUCGGGCUCUGCGACAGCUGUCUUCCAGACAACCUUCGGCGAGGCAUCUCACAAAGGGAUUCCAGCAGACACACCUACAGAUCAGCAGGGUCAGCGAAAAGGGUCAGAGUGCGCAGUGUGGGGAGAGGCGGCUCAGAUGGCAGACCAAGACAAAGUGGCUGCAGCCACUUUUGCACCCACACUUCUAGCCUCUGUGACCUCCACAGCGUAUGGCAAACUGAAGCAGAAGUUGCAACACCAAAUGGAAGAAAAGUGCAGGGCGGGGGUGACUGAACAGCAAGUGGAGAAAGAGCGCAGGGUGGAGGUGACUGAACAGCAGAUGCAAGAAGAGUGCAGGGUGGAGGUGACUGUACACCGAGCAGAGGAAGAGUGCAGGACAGAGGUGACUGAACAGCAAGUGCAGGAAGAGUGCAGGACAGAGGUGACUGUGCAGGAAGUGCAGGAAGAGUGCAGCGCAGAGGUGACUGUACAUCGAGCAGAGGUGACUGUGCACCGAGGGGAGGAAGAGUACAGGGCGGAGGUGACUGUGCACCGAGCAGAGGAACAGUGCAGGGCGGAGGUGAUUAUGCACCGAGCAGAGGAAGAGUGCAGGGCGGAGGUGACGGAGCAGCAAGUGGAGCAAGGGGGUAGCACAGCGAUGAUGGAGGAUGAGAAGCAUCAUGUGGAAGAUCUAGAGAUCGAGGGACCAAUGGAGGAGAUCCCGCUUGGGGCAGAAGAGCAACAGGCAAGGAAACGGAAGAGCACUGAGAGCCCCUACAAGGCGACCGCAAAGAAGAGGGGACGCAAGUGAAGGCGACGUGCCUGCAGAUAGCUGCACACCAUUUUAAGAUAUAAACAAUUUUUAAACAUCUUGGGAAACUUUUUAACAUUACUUAAAAUUUAUCAUUAUGUUAAUGAGGCUUUUGGCAAAUGUUAACAUUGACGAUCACUACUACAGAUGAAAGUAAAUUCAUGAAACCCCAUUUGUCAAAUUAUAAACCAUUUUUAAAAUGUAUUGCAUUUACUGAAGGAAAAAAAUUUGGAUAAUUUGAGGCUUAAUUCUCUGCAGAACUAUAUAAAAAUAAGUUUUCUUACUUCUUAUGCAUAAUUAAUUACUUGUCUAUGGUGAAUAAAUCAUAUAAGACGUAUAAUUAUACUUCACUUGAAACUGACUGGUAAUGUCCUAUUUGCAUUCCUCAUGAGUUUGCGCAGUUAAAUGGAAAAUAAAACUUCAGACGGCAGUUCUGGUGAAAUGGCGCCACACACAUCCAAAGAACGCUUCUUCAGUUAGCCCUGUGUUACUGUGAUGUAUGCUACACUAACUCAUUUGAUUUUAGCUAUGUACCGUUAAUACUUAUUUUGCAUUCUUCAAACUUACUUCAGUUGUACCUUUCAUCAAGUCUAUCUCCUCCCAACCUCUCGAAGCCAUCAGUGAAUUAAUUUAAAUUGCUGUGUUCUACAACGUAUUAGCUAGUGUUUGCUUUUUAACUCAAUUCGUCUAACUCAGCUGCUGUUCAUUUGAAAAUUUUCGUUAUCACACUUAAGACGUCAUAGUCUUACCUUUGGCAAGUAAUUGGGCCAGCUGCUCUGCCUGUAUUACCUUCAUCCUGCAAGAUGCUGAGAUAGGUGAUGGAUGUAACCUGGCAUACACUAAGUGAUCAGAAGAAUCAGGACACUCCCAAGACACAGUUUUCAUAUUGUGCUGCCAGGUACUCUGUAUCAGCGACCUUGGUAGUCAUUCCAUAUCGUGAGAGAGCAGAAUGGGG